AUGGCCGACAUCAUGAAUCUCUUCUUGCCGAACCUCGGCUUUGGCUGGUCUCCCACUGCCUGGAUGUACCUCUUCGUGACCCUUUGGCUUCAUCGUUACCUUCGUCUCCUCGGCAACUGCGUCAGCCACUGGUUCUACAAAUCCAUGCCCAUUCCCGCCAAGCCGACUUUCACUGCUGAUGAUGUGACUGUCAUAAUCCCCACGAUCCACAACGCUUUUGAAGAGCUUCGUCCUUCUCUGCUCAGCAUCAUUGCCUGCAACCCCCACGUUCUGAUGCUCGUCACUACAAUCGAGAAGCACGCCGCCCUCGAGAAGCUCGCCCGCAGCCUUCCUCACCCCAACGUUCAGGUUUACUCUACUCCCAUUGCCAACAAGCGUCUUCAGGUCUGCGAGGCAUUGCCCAAGGUCACCACCAAGCUCACCAUCAUGGCCGACGAUGAUGUCACUUGGCCCUCUACCAUGAUGCCCUGGAUCCUUGCCCCCUUCGAAGACCCCAAGAUUGGCGGCGUCGGCACUUGCCAGAGAGUUAAGCGCGUCUGGGAAGGUCCGCUGUCCACUCGCAUCUUUAACUGGCUCGGCGCUGCUUACAUUGAGAGACGCAAUUUCGAGAUCUCGGCCACCCACAACAUCGAUGGCGGUACUUCCUGCAUGUCUGGCAGAACCGGUGCCUACCGAUCCGAGAUCCUCUCCAGCCACGACUUCCUUGAGGGCUUCAAGACCGAGAAGUGGGGCAAGUACAUCCUCAAUGCCGACGAUGACAACUUCGUCACCCGCUGGCUCGUCAGCCACCAGUGGAAGACAUGGAUCCAGUACGAGAAGGAGUGCGAGCUCGAGACUACCCUGGAGAAUAGCACCAAGUUCCUCUACCAGUGCUCCCGUUGGGCUCGCAGUAACUGGCGCAGUAACUGGACCAGUCUUAUUCGCGAGAAAUACGUUUUCACUCAACAGCCUUGGUGCACUUACGCACUUCACAUCGCGACCUUCACUUCCCUGGCUUUCCUCUUCGACCCUCUCAUCAUCUUCGCUCUGUGGAAGGGUACUGCUGAUUGGGACACUGAGAGCCGUCGUCAGGCCCUCUGGGCUCAGAUCAUCUUCGUCUUCGGCUUCACCAAGGUCGUCAAGCUCGUGAACCUGUUCCGCCGCAACCCUAGCGACAUUCUCUUCCUGCCUGUCUCUAUCCUCUUCGGCUACGCCCAUGGCAUCAUCAAGCUUUAUGCUUUGUCUACACUCAAGAUGACUUCCUGGGGCAGCAGAGCCGAUGGUGACACCAACGACGACAUCCGUCUGACUCCUCGUCCCAAGCGAGCCAUGAGUCUGACCACGCCCCCUGGUGGCCAGGACCUCGUCCGCUACCGCUUCGAGCGUCAGAUGACCGAGAAGGUCUCUGAUUGGCACCGCCCGGCCAAUGAGACGCGCCGACCCCAGACUGUCCGGAUGAACACCUUCCCCGCCAAGGACAUCAAGGCUCCUCACGUCACCUUUUCGCUCUUGGAGCAUCCCUCGGACUAA